AUGGCGGAGCUGCAGCUGGACCCGGCGAUGGCCGGGCUGGGAGGGGGUGGCGGGAAUGGGGCGGUAGACGGGGGCGGCUCGGGCCGUGGACCCCCCAGCCCUCGCCCGAUUGGCCCGAUGACCCGCGGGCACGGUCGCCCGCUCGCCGCCGCGGUCGCGCAGCCUCUGGAACCGGGUCCCGGACCUCCCGAGCGGGCGGGGGGCGGCGGCGGCGGAUCGGCCCGCUGGGUCCGGCUGAACGUGGGCGGCACCUACUUCGUGACCACCAGACAGACCCUAGGUCGGGAGCCCAAGUCCUUCCUCUGCCGCCUCUGCUGCCAGGAGGACCCGGAGCUGGACUCGGACAAGGAUGAGACAGGAGCCUAUCUGAUCGACAGAGACCCCACCUACUUUGGUCCUAUCCUGAACUACCUCCGCCAUGGGAAACUCAUCAUUACGAAGGAGUUAGCAGAGGAAGGUGUGCUGGAAGAAGCAGAGUUUUACAAUAUUGCAUCACUUGUGCGGCUGGUUAAGGAAAGGAUACGAGACAAUGAGAGCAGGACUUCGCAGGGCCCUGUGAAACACGUGUACAGAGUGCUGCAGUGUCAAGAAGAAGAGCUUACUCAGAUGGUCUCCACCAUGUCUGACGGCUGGAAAUUUGAGCAGCUAAUCAGCAUUGGCUCCUCCUAUAACUAUGGAAAUGAGGACCAGGCCGAAUUCCUCUGUGUUGUUUCCAGAGAGCUAAAUAAUUCUACCAAUGGCAUUGUCAUAGAGCCGAGCGAAAAGGCAAAGAUUCUUCAAGAGAGAGGCUCUCGGAUGUAAGCUGAGAAUCUGCACUUCCAGAGUCUUAAGGGCAAGAGAGCAACCCUGCAGAGCAGCUCUGUGACGUAAAGUCUUGCAUCUGUAUAGUAACCGAGCAACUGCAAAGCAAAGCUGCACCCGGCCCCUGGUGAAGAAGUGUUCUGUCAAAACCAAAGGAACCCCACCCGUCCUCCAGACUCCGAAGAUAACGCACCUCUGGCUGCACAGCCCCUUUUCAGAACCCCGCUUCUGUUUUCUUAAUCAGUGUUACGACAGAACUUCACAGCAGCAGCUGGAGCCUGUAGGGAGCUGGGAAGGUGGAAGAAGGUCUAGACGUCAAGGAAGGUGGAACAAAAAGAAGACUGUUGCUGUGCCCUGGUCUCACCUUCCCGUGUGCCAUGGUGGACACUGAUGGCUGUUGGACCAUUCUUCCCCUUCUGAGGCAUCCGAGGCAGGAGGCAGUGCAGACCUUCUAGCUUCAGUGUGGUGAACUGAGGCUGUGGGUAGAGAAUAGAGUUGCCAAAGGACACACAUUCCUAUGAGCAGAGCCUCUAAGGCAGGAGGAUGAGGUGUCCUGUGCUGUAGCUGGAGGGUGGUGGUGGUGCUGCUCCUGGUUCACGGUGGUCCUCUGCUCCCAUGAGUGGCUUUGCCUGGCUCCUUCAGGAGGAAGUUUGAGGUGGUGGCGUCCUGAGCCAUGUUGGACAGGUACGAGUGCUAGGCAGUUGCCAUGACUGCUUCUGUAGCCUUUUCUUAUCCCACUGACCCUGUUUUCCUCCCCAGCUUCUUGAACUGGACCAAAGAGAAAGGACUUUGUGGACCCCCUGGUGGCUUGGGGUGAGGAAGGCUCUUUCUGUGGAAGUGGCCAAAUUUGAUGUGUUGUCGUAGCUAAAGGCGGUGUUUUUGUGACUGUCUCUCGAAUAUGUGCUGACUGAUGGUGAUCCUUGUGUGUCUCCCUGAUUUCUGACUGUGGCCAACCCCGCAGCCCCAUCCCCAGCAGUGUGUGCGCAUGAGGGCUCUGACCCACGUGACUUUCCUGGGGAGUCGGAGUUGGCAAGGAUCAGUGCUUCACUUCUUCAGGUUUGUGUCUGCCCUUCCUCCCUGAGCUUGAGUCUCAUGGAAGGCAGAGGGCUGGAGAACCCUCCAUGUUCCCUAGACACCUUUGGUAUAGGGCAGGAAGACGGCCUCAGGAAUUGCUACCCACAGAAGCAGCCUCAGGCACAGCAGCCCUGGGCGUCUCCAGCCCCAGCGCCUCUGGAUCACAGCUCAGCGGUUCACAGGGGACAAGGGUAGCAGUUUCUGGAAGGACUACUCUGUGCCAAGUGGGGUUUCUCUGAGCAUUUGGCUGACCAUGCCCAGCUGGCUUUUGCCCAGGAGUCUUGCUGUCCUCGUUCUUCUCUGUGUCUGUACAGUAGCAUAGACGUGUGUGUACCCAGGCUCUCGCUGCCUCCUCCGUAUCAACACGAGUGUAAGCACAUGCUGGCACCUCCGAAGCCUGUCUGGCUGUGCCACAAUUUUUAUAGCACAUUAAAUGACCUUGAGGAAAGUCAGUCACCCCUCCAAAGGGUCACAGACAUCCAUCCUAUCAUCUUUCAGAAAAAAAGAAAACUGGAGGGUCGUCAAGGAAAACAAGAUAGAGUGAAGAGCUGCUGUGCCUAGUAGGUUAGGCUGGAGAAGGGACCACUGGCCAGACAGAGAAGUGGCAUCACUAGGGGAAUAGCAGCUCAUGUCGUUCCUGCUCCUGCAUCCCUAACCCUCUGCUUUCCUGGAGCACACCAAACGGUUUGCACCCUCCCCUUCUCCCCGCAGGGCUCUGGGCAGGCCCAGGAUCUCUGGCCCUAAAUCUAGCUUGGACCCCCAAAUUCAGCAGGGAGGAUGAGGGACAGACAUGGGGCGAGUGCUUCAUGCAUGUUCCCCUCGUUGAACUUUGCAGAACUCCAUAGCUGAUCCCAUACAUAGCACUACGGAGCCUCAGGCUCCGACUUCCAGACAGACAUGGGGUUGCUUCUCUCUCAGAGGGCAAGAGUUGAGGUUUCUCUUCGUGCUGCAGCCCUGUGUCGAUUUAAUCACCCCAAGCUCCAGGGUCCAAGAGUGACUCAUUGCCACAGUGCCUGGAGUACUUCCCGAAGCCCUUUGAACCGCACUGUUCUUGAAAGGUGUUUUGGAGAGUGACUGGUCGCUGCGGAUGGACAUCUCCCAGUAGUCAUUCCAGAACUGUCAUGUGACCUACCCCUCUGCUGCCAAGUGGUAGUCUUUCUGCCUGGGUCUUUGCCCAGGUCUGGGGAGGGGGCAAGGAGCUGGCCCGGCCCAGAGUGCAGUGGUGUCCCGAAUGCCAGUAUAAUGCUGCUUCUGUCUUUCCCUUGGUGAGUGGGCACAGCUGCCUCCAAGUGACUUCAUCUCCGCAGCCACCUCCCGUUGAGUGGAACGAGCAAGGCGUGGGCGGUAGCGGUGCUGUGAGGAGAGCUGAAGGACACCCACACCCUUCGGGGCCUUGUCAGUCACUCUUGGGUGCCCUUGGUUACCAUUCACGUACCAUUCACUGAGCGAAGUCUGCAAUACUGUGACUUUUGUCAAUAAAGAGAAACAUCAGCGUCUUGA